ACUUAGAUAGAAAUAAUGGCAACCGAGGGGUUAAAGAAAAUGAUGGGGCAAGUAGAGAUUAAGAGUGAUGGAGAUGUUUUUCAUGAAAUAUUCAAGUCCAGGCCUCACCAUACUUCUACUAUGUCCCCUACCUUGAUUCAAAAUGUUGAACUUCACGAUGGUGAAUGGGGAAAUGUGGGCUCUGUCAUCAUUGUUAACUACACUCAUGAUGGAAAAGAUAAAGUUGUAAAACAUGAAAUAAUAUCAAUAGAUGAGGAGAAGAGAUCGGUGGCCUACAAGGCCAUAGAAGGUGAUCUGAGGGAGCUAUACAAGACUUUCAUCAUUACCGUCCACGUGGACACACAUGGAGAGAACAACUUGGUGACAUGGACAUUUGAAUAUGAGAAGCUGAAAGAAGAUGUAGAGGAUCCAAACACACUCAUGGAUUUCUUCAUUGCCAUGUCCAAGGAUAUUGAGACCCACCAUCUCAAAGUGGAAUCUUAAAUAUUUAAUUAAAAUCAUGUUUGGAUUGUCCCAUCCUACACUCUAUCUAUGAUGGUUUCCUUCCAUCAAUA